AAUGUGGCCAAGAAAGCAGUAUGCUUGAUCCAUCGUCUGAAAGUAGAAAAAUCAACAAGAGAAUCAGCAUAUCUACAUAUGGCCAAGAAUACAUGUGUUUCAUGUUUUCUCCAUAUUAAUUAAAUAUCGAUCUCUCUUCUUUAUGACAAGAAAAGCUUUCGAAGAAGAGAAUUUUGUCAGAUAUGUUUCAGAUACAAAACUCAAAAAGUUAUGGAUUUUCAGUGUUGUUUUUGACAUCCAUAAUUAUUAAUGUCUUACUUAUUUCCAAAAGGUAUGUGGGUGAGGGCGAUCUCACUUGGACCAAAAGAGCAGCAACAGAAGCUGAGGCAGUGGCUGCCAUUUCUUGCUCAGGCCAUGGAAGAGCAUACUUAGAUGGCCUAAUUCUUGAUGGAAAACAAGAACCUAUUUGUGAGUGCAGUGAUUGCUAUGGUGGUCCUGACUGCUCUCAACUCUUCCCCAAUUGUACUGUAAAUGCUAACAGCGGGGAUCCAUUAUUCUUGGAGCCGUUUUGGGUGAAGCAUGCAGGCAGUAGUGCAUUUUUAGUAGCAGGAUGGCAUAGAAUGAGCUAUAUGUACAGUGAUGGGUCUUAUAUAUCACAAGAACUUGAGAGCCACAUUCGCAAGGUACAUGCCAUUGUAGGAAAUGCAAUUACUGAAGGAAGAUACAUCGCGUUUGGUGUUGGGUCAACCCAACUCCUUAACGCAGCUGUUCGAGCUUUGUCCCCUCGUAAUGCCUCAUCUCCGGCUAGGGUUGUCGCGUCAAUCCCCUUUUACCCGGUUUAUGAAGAACAGACGAACCUUUUCCAAUCAAUGGAUUUCAAGUUUGAAGGGGAUACAUCCUCAUGGAAAAACAAUUCAGAUGUUUAUACAGAUAUGAUUGAAUUUGUAACAUCACCAAACAAUCCUGAUGGGAAGCUGAACCAGGCAGUUCUUGAAGGCGAAAAUGUCAAAACAAUAUAUGAUCAUGCAUAUUAUUGGCCUCAUUUCACACCAAUUCCUACUCCAGCAGAUGGAGAUAUUAUGUUGUUUUCUAUGUCUAAGUUCACUGGUCAUGCUGGCUCUAGAUUUGGGUGGGCAGUGAUAAAAGACGAGGCCAUCUACCAAAGAAUGAUUAGGUACUCACAACUAAACACCAUAGGAGUUUGUCGGGACAGUCAAUUAAGAGCUUUGAAGCUCUUGAAAGUAGUCCUUCAACAACGAAAUGAUAUAUAUGAAUUUGGAUAUGCAACGAUGAUGAAACGUUGGGAGAGAUUGAGCAGUGUAAUUUCAAUGUCGGAACGUUUCUCUCUCCAAAAAAUAGCACCCAAUUACUGCAACUUUUUCCAGAAAGUCAGAGAUCCUUCACCAGCAUAUGCAUGGUUGAAGUGUGAGAGAGAGGAAGAUAAAGACUGUCAUGCAGUGCUUCGAGCAGGCAAAAUUGAUGGUCGUGAAGGAAAUCGAUUCUCUGCCGGAGAUCGAUAUGUACGUCUCAGUCUCCUUAGAAGACAAGAUGAUUUUGAUUUAUUGAUUCAGAAGUUAAACCAAUUAGUCUCUAGGAAAGAAGAUGGUUCUAAAAGUAUGUGAGGAAUGUGAUCUUCAUUGCAUUUAGAUUAUUCAUCCAUAUUUGCUUAUUUUGGACCUGCUUUGUUAAGAAAAUAGCAUUGGUGACAUUGUGUUUAUUUAUAAGGUCAUUGUCUUAUUGACCUGUAUUUGCUUGCAUAUAUGCUUCAUUUUAAGACACCAUGUGUUAACACUUGACUUAACCCAUAAAUUUACCCUCGAAGUUUACACGA